UUUUUCUUUUCUUUUUUAAAUAACAAAUCUUAUGUAUAUAAGUUACAACUAACGACACACGUACACUAGGUUAACAGAAAAAUAAAAUAAAAAAUAAAAUGCGGACUAAACAUAAUAGUAUUACUAAAAAAAAUCCAACAUAGAAAUCCACGAACCCUUCUUCUCCACCUCCAUAUAAAUAAGACGCCAUCACCAUAACCCCAGCGUUUCCUGCUUCUUUGCUUUGCUGCCUUUUAUUCUUACACAUCUCAUGUUUUCUCUCGCUCAUAAUCUAACCCUAACCUAAAUCAAUUCUCCCCACCCCCAAAUCAAAAUUCUCCCCCAAAAUUCCCCAAGCCCCAAAUCAAUGGAAAGCGUCUGCUGCGCGACGUCGUCCACGUCCUCGUCAAGCUCCGAGAAUCCCAACAAGCGGAAGCAGCGCCAGCGCGCGGCGGAUAAGCCUUACCGCGGGAUUCGGAUGCGCAAGUGGGGUAAAUGGGUGGCGGAGAUCAGGGAGCCCAACAAACGCUCCAGAAUCUGGCUCGGCUCCUACUCCUCCCCCGUCGCGGCGGCGCGCGCCUACGACACGGCGGUCUUCCACCUCCGCGGCCCCACCGCGCGCCUCAACUUCCCCGAGUGCGUCCCUGAGUACGGCACCGCCGCCGCCGACCUCCCCGCCGCCGCCAUCAGGAAGAAGGCCACCGAGGUCGGCGCCAGGGUCGAUGCGCUGCAGGCCGCCGGUGCGAUUAAGUCGGGCCGGGCCCCGCAGAAGCCCGAUUUGAAUGAGUAUCCGAGUCCCGAAUCAUCGGAGGAGAACUGAGUUUAUGCGAUUUCAUCUUAUGUUUGGUUUUUUUUUUUUUUGAAUUUUUUUUUAGUUGGAUGAUGAUAAAAAAAAAAGAAGAAGAUGUAAAUCUGGAGGGGGGCAGUGGAAUUAUAGAGAAAAAUCUUUCUCGGUAUUUAAAUUUAGUUUUCUUGAUGGAAAUUAAUUGUAUAAUUCUAGUUGGAUUAGCAAUGGAAAUUAAUUUAGUGGCUCGUUA